AUGAGUGGUUUGGACCUGAACCUAGAACCAGACGAUGUCGACAUGGAAGAUGCAGGAAUAAAUGGCAGUGACCCCUUUUUCUGCACUCAAGCUGCCCAGACGGAGGUUGUCGAUGAGUCUCAGGACCCACUCCUUGCUGAGCAUGGUGGACAAGGUGGCGACUCUGAUGUGCACAGUGGUGGAGGGCAGCAAUUCAAUGCAGCACCACCUCCAGCAAAUCCUAGCACUGAAAACAUCAACACAACGACUAUGCCUACUACAACCCUUUCUGGUUCUUCUAACCCUGAGUUGGCGGAUCAUGGUGCUGAUGGAGUUGCUCCUAAUGAAGAAGUUGCAUCUAGUCCUAAAGAACCCUUCCUUGGUAUGCGAUUUGACACAAUCGAAGAUGCCAGAGAGCACUACAAUGCUUACUCAAAAAGACUGGGGUUUUCUAUCAAAUCAAACACAUCACUGAGGCAACCUUUCACUAAGGUGGUGCGAAAGCAACAAUUUGUGUGCAACAAGUAUCGGGCACCGAAAACAGAAGAGCAAAUUCAAGAGGAGAGAGUCAAAAUUGUAGAAGAGGUUAGCCCUGUCCAGCUAGAUGAUGAAGACGGGGAUGGAGAAGAAGCUGGACCGUCCAAGAAACCAAAAUCUGCAGGAGUUAAGCGGCAAAGGGAAAAAAUAAAGCAAACCAAGUGUCCAGCAAAAAUGUGUGUGAAGUUGAUUAACAACAAAUAUGAAGUGACAUAUUUUAUUGCAGAACACAAUCACCCCAUGCUUGUGAAACCUUCACUGACAAAGUACCUGAGAUCACACAAAGGCAUACCUAGAGAUGAAAGGGAGUUCCUAAAAUGCCUACAUGACUGCAACUUAGAAACUGGGCGUAUGAUGACAGUGAUGUCUUCUUUUUAUGGUGAAGAAUGUUUCGUCCCCUAUGAUCCAAAAGCUAUAACAAAUCUGCGAACAAGUUUGAGGAAGGAGGAGAAGGAAUGGGACAUUGCUUCGAGACAAGUGGCUUAUUUUUGCGAGUUGAAGGACAAGGACCCGUUCAAUAUGCCAUUUGCUCCAUUUGUUGGGAUAAACAGACAUGGACAGUCCUUCAUGCUUAGCUGUGGUUUCCUAAGGGAUGAGAAAGAGGAGAGUUUUACAUGGCUUUUCACCCAGUUCCUUGAUGCUAUGCAUGGUUUGCAGCCAACAAAUAUUAUAACAGACCAGGACAAGGCUAUGAGGAAUGCAAUCAGAGAAGUUUUCUUUAACACUGUGCACCGCAACUGUCGCUGGCACGUUAUGAAGAAAGCAAAUGAGAAGCUCGGGCCAUUCCUGGGUAGGCACCCUGGUUUGGCUGAAGACUUCAAUGAAUGCAUCAAUGAAAGUAUGAGUGAGGAUGAAUUUGAAGCAAGAUGGGCAGAGAUGAUUGCAAAGUGGGAUUUAGCUGAGCAUGAAACAUUUUUAUGGUUGAAGAAGUAUGCAAAAUUCUGGGUUCCAUGCUACUACAGACAUCGAUUCUUCCCAUUUUUGCAAUCAACUCAGAGGAGUGAGGGAUUUAACGCUGUUCUAAAACGUUACAUCAACCCUCACAACUCAAUCAAGCAUUUUGUCAAACAAUAUGAGAAGCUACAGCAACAGAUAUUGGGUAAGGAGGGCCACAAUGAUUUCCGCACGGAUGAGCUUGAGCCAGAUCCAUGGUCGCCGUUCCCUAUUGAGAAGCAAGCCUUGGCUGUGUACACACGUCCCAUCUACCAUCGGUUCAGGAAGGAGUUCACGCUCAUUGGCUGUUAUAAUGUGCAACCACAGGGCAAUAAUUUGUACCAGCUAGUUCCUAACAAUGAGAAGUGCUAUCCUUAUGGUGGAAGGUACUACAUGGUUAAUGCUAAUGGUGGGCAAUUCAACUGCGAGUGCUGCAAGUUUGAGCGUGACGAUCAAUACAUAUUACGAAGGUGGACUCCAGCUGCAUUGGAAACUGUGGUUCAGCCAACUGUCCCAGCACAAGAUGAUGUUAUGACUGAAGAAUCACGGCAGAAAUUGCGGUUUGCAAACUUGUCAACUAAGUUUGCUGCUUUGGCUAAACUAUCAAGUGCAUCAGACCAGCAUGAUGCUAUUGCUCGUAGACACAUCAGAGAAAUGACAACUGAGUUUGCACAACUAAACAAGGACAUCUACUUCAGCACCUACUACGCAUCAGAGAACAUCUUUAGGGCCUACCCGAACGCGACCAGUACCUCCACCUACAACAUCAAACAGGCAGCAGGCACCUCGGUCAGCUCCAGGGCAUGUGCCAACAACACAUACUACAUGUGA